AUGGAGUCAACGGGGGCGCAGAUAGAUUGGUGUGAUCGGUUAAGAAACUACGAGAGCAAUACGUGGUGGCUGGUCCGGGAUAGGGAGAACGUGCGAUCCCAGUUUGGUCGCCGCUUUCCAUCGUUUGCGGUAGCCUCAGGAGCAAUGGGGGGCAGUCGUGAUCGAAAUGUGAAUCUUCAUCGUGGAUAG